AUGCAUCAGCUCUUCACAUUUGGCACUUCCCCAGCCACCCCAGCAAGCGCAGAGCCUGGUGCAAACACACAAGCCCCAACACCCAGCCUCACAGCCCAGGCCCUCAAAAUCGUCUGGACAUCGUGGUGCGACGCCGUCAUCCUGACACAAGACGGCUCGGAGGAAUGGGAGCUUGUAUAUCGAGGCAGUGGCCUCACUUCCAAGCAACAGGACCACCUAAAGCAGUCUGCGCAUCUCCGGCGUGCGUUUAAUACGCGAGACAUGGUGGUAAAGUUCUUUGGCAGCGCAAUGCAUGAUGGACUGAGGGGAUAUGUGAUUGCGAGUUCCGGGGAUGGGGCCAGGGAAAAUCGUAUCCUGCUGUUUGCCACGGACGUGGAGAUUGAGGCGGGGGAGCAGGAGGUCCGGGGUUACGACAUAGGCGGCGUCAACACGAUUCUGGACGUCAAGAUGCAGAGUGGAGGACAGGUGCUGGUGGGUGUGAGAGAGCGGGGCAGUUGUCAAGAGUGCGUGGUUUGUUUGCGGGAUGUCGGGGAGUUGAGGAAGCAUCUCGAAUAUGACGGUGUGGAGCUGGGCGGACGGGAGUUGGUUAGCCUCGCGUCGGCUGUGCCUGUGCAGUGGGAGAUGAAUGCGACGACGAGUACGGCGCUGAUGCCAGAUGCAAGGGUGUAUACAUAUACCUCUGACCCCAGGUAUCCACGAUGUCUAGGUCGACCGGACGACGGGAUUCAUGUGUUUGAGUCAGUGCCGUUUCUCUCAGAGACUGAAAUUGUGAAAAUCGCGUCCGGUGGUUAUUUGAGUGCGACAUUGGGUUCAGAUGGCGAGUUGUACUUGUGGGGUCAGGUGUGCCCGGGAUCGACAGGAAAGUUGGCGGUUUUGGAGGAGGCUGCUUGCUUAAAUCAGAGUAGGAGCGCAAGGGCGACGGGGAUUUUUGUGCAAGGAGAUCAGGAUGAGCUUGUCAAGUGCUUACAGGUUCAAAUUGAUGGCCAUGAGGCGAGGGUAUAUGAUGUUGCUAUUGGGCAUGGACAUAUUGUGGUCGCUGCUGAAGCAGUGGAUCUUGGACGAAGUAAACGGAAAUGCGCCGUCUUUGCUGCAGGGGAGAAUAGUCAAAGGCAGCUGGGCCCUGGGUUGCCCAAUGAAUUUUCGGGGGAGUUCGAAGAGAUUGUCGGAUUGAGAGACAAGCGAGUGACACAGCUUGCUGCUGCGGGGUGGUCGACUCUCAUGGCAACAUAUGGCAGUGAAAACUCCACGUGA